CGCCGAACGCUUCGGAAAACGCACGCCCGCUCGCUCAAAACGCGCACGGUCAUCGACGGACCGCUCAUUCCGCAACGACUGGAAGAACGCAACGGUUGUGCCAUGUGGUGCAAGCUUAUCCUUGUGCAGGAUGCUGCCAGCUGACCCGUGAACACGUUGCUGGUGAUCUGUGUCAAACAUUCGGGGAUUGGGGAAAUUGAACGAAAAAAAAAAACGUUGCAUUAGUGAUCUAACAUUCAGAGCAGAAAAAACUAUUUUUUUUUGCUCUGUGUUUUGUGCGUUUGUGAUUGUGCAAGUGCAUGUGCAGAAAAGAAAAAAAACGGUUCAAAGUAAAAGAGAUCCUUUCCGGCGGAUCUGUGGUGUAGAACGAUCCAGUACCUGUCUGAGUACGUGCAACUUGGCAGGGCGUUCUCCAUCAGAAUGCAGUGCAGACAAAAGUGUACGUUCCUGCUCCUAUCGUUGGUGCAGUACAGUGUGUAUCUCAAUAAAAUACCGAUGGUGGGUGCUAUAGUGGGUGGCGAAAGUGCGAACGACGGCGAGUACCCUCAUAUGGUUGCCCUUGGACGGUCCUGUCUCUAUCCGGACGGUGGCGGAUGUGUCGGUGGUUACGAAUGGUUCUGCGGAGGUUCGCUGAUAUCGGAUCGGUUCGUCCUGACGGCGGCCCAUUGCGCACACGUCGGCAUGUCGAAUCCCCCCACGGUGGUUCAACUCGGAGCGCAAGAUCUGCGCCAGCCUGCUCUGAUCGUUGCUGUACGGGCGAUUGUACAGCAUCCGGGAUAUGGUGGCAUUCUGUCGUACAACGAUAUCGCUCUGAUAGAGCUGUCUUCGCCCAUAACCACCAUCCAACCAGCCUACCUGUGGCCAAGUGAAACACUCCCCGAGAAUGUUCGGCUGAUUGCUACGGGAUGGGGAAAAGUUGGCCACUUUGAAGAACCAUCGAUGACUUUGCAACGUGUGCAUAUACCGAUCGUGCCAAACAACCAGUGCAACCAGCUGCUGUAUCGCAACCGACGCCUGCGCCAUGGCGUGCUCCCGACCCAGCUCUGUGCCGGAGAUCCACACGGUGGCAAGGACACCUGCGAGGGCGAUUCCGGUGGACCACUGCAGAUGAAGCUUCCGCUCGCUGGUGCGAAUGGAAAAGCUUCCCUCUACUAUAUCGUCGGAAUCACAUCGAACGGUGGGAUCUGUGGAACGGUUAACCGACCAGGACUGUACACGCGCGUAUCGUCGUACGUCGGCUGGAUCGAGCAGGUGCUGCAGAUGACACCGGACCACUAGGGUUGCGAUCGGGACGCAUCGCAAUUCAAUUGUCAACCACGACCCAGUGCCAAAGAUAGUGAAGAAUGCCUUACCAAAAUAUGCCAUUUGCUUCUUGCCUUAUGUGCUGCCUUGAAUGUGUUCCUAAUAGCAAAAGCUUACCUUUAUACGUAAAAUCGUGCUGCCGAUGAGCGGAGUAAGAUACAAUCAUUGCAAAAACCGCAAAACGCUACCUAAUUGUUAAGGGGGAGUAUUGACUGGGGAAAACGAUUAUUUAAAACAUUUGGCAUUUUCAUUCAUCACACAACGUCAUUUAAAUUUAGUUUUUUUUUUUUUUUUGGUAACCAACAGCAAUUGUGUUGGUCUAAUCUUGUUGGUGGAGGUGGAUAUGAUUUCACUUCCCAAAUGUUUGCAUCAUUGCACUUGAUUUGCAAUCAUGCAAGUCUCUCUUUUUAAAGUACAAUCGAUAAAGUAUUUGUAUUUGCAACAACACUGCAAAGAAAGUUACAUGACAUUAGCAGUAAUGACUCACACCAGAAGGCUGUAUCAAUUGGGGGUUAAUUUAAUGAAAUUGUCAACAGGGCUCGAUAUCCCUCUAGAAGUUUUACGGACAAACGCACCAACUUCGAAAAAACUGUUUUAUGUACAAAACGAUUUUUUAAUAAAGAAAACUACGUUCAUUUAGAAAAUUCAAUAACAGCAAAUUAUAUCGUAGUAAUAGUUUAUUACUAAACCAAUGGCAUUAUCAAAAAUAUAUUUAAACAAUAUGAGCAAGCUGUAUGUAUUGAUUAGAAGAA